AUGCCAAGAAGUUGCUAUUAUCAAAUUUUGGUUGCCUAUACCACAGUGUCUUUUUUAUUGUUGUUGGGUAAACUAGAUGCAAUAUUGUACGCAAUGCUGAAAAUCCCAUGCUGUAUUAUAAGUACUGUUUUGGAAUAAGAUAUGUACUAACUAUUCAACCUUCUCAUCAAGUCUAUUCACUCCGGAAUACAAAAUUAUGUUUAAAAAUCUCACAAGUUUGUUUAUGCAAGGUUUCUAUGUUCAACCGGGAAUUUUCAGCCGUGUGACAGGACUGCAUACAACAUCGAAUGUUAUGGCAGAACCUUUAAAGAAAAAGAAGAGAGUCGACCCAGCUGUUGAACAACAACGAAUAGGCAGAAAAAUUAGAAAAAUUGAAAAAGAAAUCAAACGUCUUAGUCGUUUCGACAGAAGAUUGAAGCCUAUUGAAGAAAUAGAAGGUGAUCGUCAAUUGAUGAAGGAAUUAAAAUCUCGUCAACGGUCACCGAUAGACAUCAGUGAAAAUGAAGUAGAUCAACGGAUAAGCGUUUGGAAGUGUUGGACACGUUAUCAAACAGAAGUGACACACCGAGAAAAUCGACUAUAUAAAUCAGUAUUAACAGCUCAACAAAAAGCUCUAAAAUGUUUGUUCGAAACAUCUCCCAACUUGUACAAAGAAGCUAUUCAACCUUAUUCGGAAUUAUUAACAAAAGGCGAAUCCACUGGUUCACAAAAAGAACAACAACAACAACAAGAAGGAGAAGUGGCUAUGAAUUUAACAACACUAACUGGUCCGUAUAUUGGUGCGCCUAAACUUCACGGGGAAUUGAUCGAGUCUACAGGUGAAUAUGAUCCACCCGACGGGGAACACUGUGAUACAACACCUAAGCUGACUUAUGAUUUUGAAUUAGACUCCCAGUUCUUAGCUGAGCCAAAGAAAAAGAAAUUCACAUUACCAAAUAAAUAA